AUGAGCAAGGCGUAUGACAUGGUUAGUUGGCAAUUUUUAGAGGCCGUGAUGGUUCAAAUGGGUUUCGAUACUGCAUGGGUGACUUGGAUAAUGCGAUGUGUGAGUACUGUCUCUUAUUCAUUCAUACUAAAUAGGGAUCCUAGUGGACAGAUUUUACCGUCAAGGGGUUUGAGGCAAGGUGAUGCAAUUUCCCCAUAUCUAUUUCUGUUUUGCGCAGAGGUUUUAUCUCGCUUAUUCAUGGUUUCUGAGGAGACUGGGAAGCUGAAUGGAGUUAGGGUUUGUAGAGGUGCCCCUAGUAUAAAUCACCUAUUUUUUUCCGAUGAUUCCUUCAUUUUCUUUAAAGCAAAAGAGCAUGAGAGUUUGGAGUUGAGAAAUACUCUCCAGCUAUAUGAACGUGUUUCCGGGCAAAAGAUCAACUAUGAGAAGAGUUCUAUUGCAUUUAGUAAGAAUGUCAGAUUGGAUAAACAGGAAUUUCUUGCUGGUUUGUUAGGAGUUUUACGGGUGGAUAAACAUGAAAAAUAUUUAGGUUUGCCUAUGGACGUCAUCUACUUCAAAAUUGACGCAUUUGACUUUCUAAAAGAAAAGGUGGAAAAAAGACUCCAAGGAUGGAGGGAGAAAAUGUUAAGUGCAGUGGCGAUGGAAGUACUUCUCAAAUCGGUCAUCCAAUCUAUCCCAACCUAUGUGAUGAGUUGUUUUGAAAUCCCAAAGCAAUUGUGUCGUGACAUACACCAACUCAUGGCUCGGUUUUGGUGGGGAGAUAAGGGGGAGGCUCACAAAAUUCAUUGGGUUGCUUGGGAAAAGCUAUGCACUUCUAAGGAGGAGGGGGACUAUUCAAAAUUUGAUGUUAUUCAACCUGUCUCUCUUGGCGAAGCAAGGCUGGAGGCUCCUCACAAACCCGAAUUCCUUGGCAGCCAGAGUCUUCAAGGCUAG